AUGGACACCAAAAGCACCAAUCAGGAGUCAAAGCUUACUUCGCUUGAAAAGUCAGAACUGGCAUUGGCCGACAAAUUUAGUUCUCCUGAUGUUUAUAUAAACGGUGAAUCAGACACUUGCUUUCACCCAUGGCACGAAAAUCUAGAGCUGAAGCCACUGCGCUUUGAAACCCGGACCGGCACGUUUGUGGUCGUUCUGCGAAGCUCCGAAGACACCUGGCUGGGAAAACACAGACACCGUGGCACUGUGACUGCCGUUACGCUCAAUGGAGAAUGGAAUUAUAAGGAAUACGACUGGGUCGCCAGACCUGGUGACUAUGUGGUUGAGAAUCCCGGAACCAUUCAUACCUUACACAUGAGCAAGGGAGCAGAAGUUGUCUUCACUGUUUCGGGUAGUCUCGAGUUUUUCCACGACGAUGACAGCUUGAAAAACACUAUGGACGUUUUUAGUUAUGCUCAUUUGUACUACGAGCAUUGCAAGAAGCGGGGCAUCAAGCCGAAUGACGGACUAUGGUAUUAA